GAAGUAAGAACUUAAGAAGGAAGUGAUCAUGGGGCCCACUACUCAGAUUCUAAAUUUUGUUGUGUUAAAACUUCCCCUAGGUGGGCAGAUAGACGUGUAACUCAUAUCCACCCUCCGAUAGCAAUUGCCAUAAUAAGAAACUGUAAACCAGUGACUUUCGCACUCGAGAGCCCCACGAACGAGAAGGACCUGGCUACGACUACCACGGCGCCGCUUCCAUCGGCCCCCUGUUUUUAACCGUGGAAAGCAACAUGAGAAUGAGAAAACUAACCGACGAGCUUGAAAAGCAGAGACAAUGGCUGCCGAUUCUCGUGCUCUUUUUUGAUUCUGUCGUUUUUUUUUUAUGUCUGAAUCAAAACGGUCCGUUUCGUACCUCUUUCUUCUUCAAUUCAACCACGUCUUUUAAAUAAUACCAACGAAAAUACCCUCCCACUUGCCCCAUCUCUAUCCGGUUCGCUCCCGCUCCUUUGUUGAAGCUUCUUCUGCACAUAGAUGCAUUUUAGAGAAGAGUGAUGGCUGCAGCAGAAGCAAGGGCUAUUUGGCAGAGAACAGCCAAUCGAUGUUUUGUCCAAGAAGAUGCCAAAAGAGCCCCCAAGUUAGCUUGUUGUCAAUCAUCAUCAUCAAAACAAGUUGAUCCAGGACCCAAAAAUGUGGCAGAUGCACCUGAUCUUCCGGCCCUUUCUUCCAUGUCUCUCAACAGAAACUCAUCAUAUACCAAUCUGCCCCUUGACACAAAAUGGUGGCUUCAGAUGCAGCCUAGCUAUGGGUACCAAAAAGGUCUAACAUAUGAACAGUUAAAGGCCAUGGAGUCAGAGAUGGAAAGAUUAAGAGAUGACAUUUUGAAUUCAUCCUCUGGAGUUGACAAGGCCAAGCCAGCCAAUGAUCACAAUAGUACAGAGCUUGAUUGCAACACGAACGGUGAGUGCUGUCAUAAUGUGCAUUAUGAGAUCUCUGCUGAUCCUGAAGUUAAAAAGGCAGAGGUUAGGACUUCACACAGUAAGGAUGUCCAGGACAUUUUUGGGCUGAGGUACCCCAGCGAAAACCAUGAAUCAAUGGAGAUGGAUCCUUUUGGAUUCGCUGGACAGAAAAAAAUUGAUGAGUAUUGUAAUGAUCUGGAAUCUCCUUGCGUUGGGGAACAGCAGACCGAACCCUGGUGGCUUAAAACAGGUAAAGACGAAUUAGCCACCUUAGUUGCUCAAAAGUCACUCAACUAUAUAGAAAAUUGUGAUCUUCCGCCACCUCAGAAGAUGCAAAUAAGAGGAUAUCAGUGCAGUGCUACUGUAUCUGUUGACUGCAAUGGAACUUCAUCUGUUGAUAGUAAUUGUGAAAACAUCUCCACUAAGAUCUUUCAUGCUCAGACCUACUCAGGCUCUGGAAAAACACAUAGACGAGAAAGGAAUUCAGUUGAGGAAAGGCAAUCUGACACAUCAUUCAGCUGCAAUCUCAGGGACAGUUAUGGUAUAAACUGUAAGGACUCAAAGGGUAUGCAACAAACCUGUGAGAACGAUCUUCGCAAGGCUCAGUUGCUAGAAGCACUAUGUCAUUCUCAGACACGUGCAAGGGAAGCUGAGGAGGUUGCCAAACAAGCCUGUGCUGAGAAAGAGCACAUAAUUAGGCUUAUCUUCAGACAAGCUUCGCAACUUUUUGCUUAUAAACAGUGGUUUGAAUUGCUGCAGCUUGAAGACCUUUAUUACCAAAUCAAGAAAAAAGACCCACAGACCACUCUCUUCCCUGUGGCCUUUCCAUGGAUGCCUUACAAAGCAAGGAAAUUACGGAAGUGCAAGCGUAGGUCUGCCAAGGGCAAGCGGUACAAGGCAGGCAUCGCUCAAGUCGAUCUAUCAAAGUAUGCUGUUGCUUUUGUUCUGGGGUUGAGUCUUGUUGGUGCUGGAUUAUUCCUUGGAUGGACCAUUGGAUGGAUGCUACCUUUCUAGAUUGAACAAGAGUUCUGGUAAAAUACUCGGCUUUCUAGAUUUGUUGUUGUAUUUAUGCUUUUCAGUUUGUACCCAUCUUGUACAAAUGAAAUGAUGAGUUUGUAUAUAUUUGAUGAACAUUUUCUGGAACUUGUACAUUUCAUCAAGUUUCUCUCUCGA